CACAGGCCAUUGUCUGGACAUUUACUUUUACAUUUACCAGCAUUUGAAGUACUGAAGUCUCAUGUGAAAUUAGCAUGGUCUUUAAUGAUAGCGUCAGAUGACAUUACCUCUGAGUGAGAGCCACUGUAACUGGAUCUCCUUCAACCAACACAGUAUAUAACUCACUUCAUACUGAGAGAGAGCAGGACCACAGCGCACAACUGCUCAACAGACACAUCAUCUAGUUGUCUUUACAGAAUAUCCUCACUAAGCUCACCAAAUGCAGGUUGGAAAGGAGUUUGUGAGGCAAAACAGCUUCUACAAGUGUGUGAUAAAUGCAGAGGAAACAGACCUGGAUUCUGCGGAUGUAUUUGAGUUGGCUUUCAAAGGGAAGGCUUCUGCCAUUGACCACCUGAUCCAGAAAAGUCCGGAACUAAGCUUCAGGGAUGAGAAUGGAGCUAGCCCACUGCACUACGCCUCAGCCGGAGGAAACGUGGAUAUAAUUCGGCUUAUUGUUUCUACUGUGGGUCCUGAGGAGCUGAAUGUACAGGAUGAGCAGGGCAGAACUCCUCUGCACUGGGCUGUGGAGCAGGAUCAACAGCAGAGCUGCGAAUUACUGCUGGAGCUGGGUGCUGACCCCAACAUCCUCAACAGUGCUAUGAUGGGCCUUCUGCAUCUGGCUGUCACAAAAAGAUACAAUCAUCUUGUAGAGGUCCUUCUGUCCUGUGACAGAACAGAUGUCAAUCUGAAGGGUGAUGUAGGAAACACCCCUGCAAUGCUGGCCUGCAGCAAUAAUAAUUGCCAAGCUCUCCAUUCUCUUUUCAAACAUGGUGCCAAGAUGUGCGUUCAGAAUAAACUGGGACACUAUGCCAUCCAUACAGUUGCUUUUGCAGGUGCCAAAGAGGCCAUGGAGCUGGUUUUGAAAAUUGGAGAAGAGCUGGGUAUUUCCACUUCAGUGCACAUUAAUUAUUUGGAUAAAACCAAAAGCACCCCCCUCCAUCUAGCUGUACGUGGGGGCAACAUUGAGGUGAUCAAACUUUGCAUCAUUAAAGGAGCCAGAGUGGAUCAGCAACAGUGUGACAAAUCCACGGCCCUCCACUUUGCCUGCACUCAGGGUGCUCUGGAUGCCGUCAAAAUCAUGCUUUCCUCUUACAACAGAGUGGAAGACAUCAUCAACGUCAGGGAUGGAGCCAACCAGACCCCCUUACAUAGAGCCACAUUGUUUGAUCAUGUCGAGUUGGCUGAAUAUCUUAUUUCAAAGGGAGCAGAAAUUGACUGCAUUGACUGUAAGGGACUGUCUCCACUGCUGAUGGCCUCCAACUGCGGUGCUUGGAAAACCGUUGCAUUUUUACUGUCAACUGGUGCCGAUUUCAAAAUCAAAGACAAAGCAGGUCGAAACUUCCUCCACUUUGUCAUUCUUCAACCAAAAGGGCUGAAAAAUCUUCCUGAGACAGUCUUGCAGAGUAAUGCCGUGAAGGAGAUGUUGUCUGAUGAGGAUGUUGAAGGCUGCACUCCUCUGCACUACGCCUGCAAACUUGGCAUUCACGAUUCGGUCAAAAAUAUGCUGGGUCUCAAUAUCUUCUUGGGUCAAAAGUCACGGGAGAAGAAAUCAGCACUUCACUUCGCUGCAGAAUAUGGGCGUUUAAACACAUGCCACAGGCUGCUGGAGUCCCUCACGGACUCCAAAAUGCUGAACGAUUGGGACGAAAAGGGCCUGACGCCCCUCCAUCUUGCUUCAAGGGCAGGACACGCACAAGUAGUGGAGCUGCUGCUUCGGAGAGGAGCGCUGUUUCAAAGUGAUUACAAAGGCUGGUCCUGUUUACAUCAUGCUGCGGCUGAGGGAUACACACAGACAAUGAAAAUCCUCCUCGCAGCCAAUGUCAAACUGCUGGACGGAACAAAUGAAGAUGGGAACACAGCACUUCACAUUGCUGCACAAGCGGGACAUGUAGGUGCUGUUUUGCUGUUAUUGGACAGAGGAGCUGAAAUCACUCUCAACAAUGCUGACAACUCUUUUUUGCAUGAAGCUGUGCGAAAUGAGAAAAAAGAUGUAGUGAACGCCACCAUCGAAAGUGAGAGGUUUGCUGAGGCAUUAACAUCAUUUAAAACAACAUCUCGCUGUGUCGUGAUGGACAUCAUAGAGUUCCUCCCAGAGUCUUUCAGGCACCUUCUGGACCGGUGUAUUAAAGAGUCUGAUCACGACGCCAACAGUCCGGAUUAUCAUAUCAAGUACGAUUUUCGGUGGCUUCAAGCUCCUUUACAGUUGAAGAAGUUUGCUAAAACAGAUAAAACAAUGAAGUUCCAACCACUGGCAGCCAUGAAUGCAAUGGUGCGGUACAACCGUCUGGAACUCCUCACUCACCCCGUUAGCCGAAAAUACCUGGAGAUGAAGUGGAAGGCGUAUGGAAGCAAGGUUCAUUUGCUCAACCUGGCUGUCUACCUGCUUGGCUUGUUGCCCCUCACAUACCUCAUCCUCAAUCUGAGACCAAGCCAGAACAUUUCUGCCAAUGGCACAUCUGUCAUCAUGGUGCCCGUAUCUUUUAGUGAGCAAAAUUAUUUAAUCUCGGUCUGUAUAAUCAUGGUGCUUGUCUUGAAUGUGUAUUCCAUUUGCAAAGAGUUGGUGCAGUUGGCUCAGCAGCGGAUAUAUUACUUCACUGACUUCUCUAACCCUGCUGACUGGAGUGCAGCUAUUAGCUCUUUAGUCUUUGUCAUUCCCAUGUGUUUCAAUGUAGACAACACAUGGCAAUGGCAGGCUGGAGCUUUUGCCAUUUUGACUUCAUGGAUCGGUUUCCUACUCUACUUCCAGAGGUUUGAGCGAAUUGGAAUUUACGUGGUGAUGUUUGGUGGAAUCGUUAGGACCCUUGUGUGCAUCAUGGUUCUUUUCAUCUUCCUUUUGCUGGCAUUCGGAUUGUCCUUCUACGCUUUGAUGCUUCACCGGGCUGAGUUCAGCUCCAUCAGCCUUGCCCUAGCCCAGACGUUUGUGAUGACAGUGGGAGAGCUGAACUACCAGAGUACAUUUCUGAACACUUAUGAAGAAGGCCACAUGGCAUUCCCUGCGGUCACCUAUUGCGUGUUUGUGUUUUUUGUGCUUCUCAUGCCUAUUCUUCUCAUGAAUCUAAUGAUUGGUUUGGCAGUAGGAGACAUUGCAGAGGUACAGAGAAAUGCAGAAUUGAAACGGAUAGCCAUGCAGAUAGAUCUUCACACUGCCCUUGAGGAGAAACUACCUUACUGGUUCCUAGAGCGAGUGGACAAAUCAUCUAUUACCGUCUAUCCCAAUAAAUGCAAGAAACUGCUGAUGCAGGUCUUCCUUAACGGUGAGAUCCAGAACACAGUUCGUACCCGUCUGAACCUCUGCUCACGGCAGGGAGGGCAUCUAGAGAGAGAGCUGCACAAACAGAAAAACAGGAUGAAAGCGAUGUCCUGUAUGCUGGAGAAACAGCAUAACCUGCUCAAGCUGAUCAUCCAGAAGAUGGAAAUCACUUCUGAGGCUGAUGAAUAUGAUGGCCCACAGCACCCUAGAGCUCUGAAACAGCCCGCUUCCUCCUCAUCUCAGAAGUCAAAGGAUGAUGGUGGAGAGUUUGAAGCAGGAGGGGACUUCACACAGCUCCAGUGAUCUGUUGAAGAUCAGUGUGUGAAGAUGGAUGACAGCUGGACAGCACAGGCUUUGAGACAGACUGAGAUUGGCAAUCAAGGCAGCACCUGUUGCUUUGAAUCUACAGCGAGGACGCUGAAUAUCACAUACUAUUAAAUCGCAGGACAUCAGUUUUUUUCAAAAUCAAGUUCUUUGCUCUGAAGCAGAGGUGCAGUCGUGAUGUCCAC